UUGUAAGGUAGGUUGCAGUGUGUGUAUAUACACAACAUCAAGAGCAGGAAAAUGGACUCAUUAGGGAGGCAGGCAGUCAUUACCACUCACACUGUACUUCCAGGGAGACACCGAUUAUGAGAAGAGAAACUCAGCGCUGGGGAAGAAGAUAAAUGAGUGGAGUGUUUGAAGUGCCCUUUGAGACUCUGAAGCUGAAGAGUAUCUGAUACAUUGCAAGUCUGUUUGUGCCUCACCCUGCACAGACUGCCUGAAGUUACAUUCUGAGACUGAAAUCACUGCACCUUAUAAACAAAAGAUUGAGCGGCACUGUGUCCCUACUUUUACCAUCAACAAUUGAAUAUUUUACUAAGAUUGCUGCCUGUUCCUUGACCAUCAGUCUUUUGCCUGUUCCUGCUCUUUAUAUGCAGACGCUCUCUGUCCCCUGCCCCAAUGAACAUCUGCACUAGGCCCAAACCUUGGAGUGACUUACCUGAAGAGUAACACCAUUUGUCUGAAAUCUGUUAAAGUAUAAUUGAGAGGAAAAGUGUGAAAGAAAUGCAAAGGGGAAACAAUAGAUGAGGAAACUGACGCCCAGAGAGGUGAAGUGAGGUGCCCAAAGCCACACAGCAAGUUGCAGGCACAGCUAGUACCGUAGCUCAAGUCUCCUGACUCCCAGUCCAUUGCUCUUCCCAUUACUCCACGGGCCUGUCUCUAAGCUUCCCGACAAAUGCUAGAACGGAAGAAACCCAAGACAGCUGAAAACCAGAAGGCAUCUGAGGAGAAUGAGAUUACUCAGCCGGGUGGAUCCAGCGCCAAGCCGGGCCUUCCCUGCCUGAACUUUGAAGCUGUUUUGUCUCCAGACCCAGCCCUCAUCCACUCAACACAUUCACUGACAAACUCUCACGCUCACACCGGGUCGUCUGACUGUGACAUCAGUUGCAAGGGGAUGACCGAGCGCAUUCACAGCAUCAACCUUCACAACUUCAGCAAUUCCGUGCUCGAGACCCUCAACGAGCAGCGCAACCGUGGCCACUUCUGUGACGUGACGGUUCGCAUCCACGGGAGCAUGCUGCGCGCACACCGCUGCGUGCUGGCGGCCGGCAGCCCCUUCUUCCAAGACAAGCUGCUGCUGGGCUACAGUGACAUCGAAAUCCCAUCGGUGGUGUCAGUACAGUCGGUGCAAAAGCUCAUUGACUUCAUGUACAGCGGUGUGCUGCGAGUCUCACAGUCGGAAGCUCUGCAGAUCCUCACCGCUGCCAGCAUCCUGCAGAUCAAAACAGUCAUAGAUGAGUGCACACGCAUCGUGUCUCAAAAUGUGGGCGAUGUGUUCCCCGGCAUCCAAGAUUCUGGCCAGGACACACCAAGAGGCACACCAGAGUCAGGCACAUCUGGCCAGAGCAGUGACACGGAAUCAGGCUACCUGCAGAGCCAUCCACAACACAGUGUGGACAGAAUCUACUCGGCACUGUACGCUUGCUCCAUGCAGAAUGGCAGCGGCGAGCGCUCCUUCUACAGCGGUGCAGUGGUCAGCCACCACGAAACUGCACUCGGCCUGCCCCGUGACCACCACAUAGAAGAUCCCAGCUGGAUCACACGCAUCCAUGAGCGCUCGCAGCAGAUGGAGCGCUACCUGUCCACCACCCCUGAGACCACACACUGCCGCAAGCAGCCCCGGCCCGUGCGCAUCCAGACUCUGGUGGGCAACAUCCACAUCAAGCAGGAAAUGGAAGAUGACUAUGACUACUAUGGGCAGCAAAGGGUGCAGAUCCUAGAGCGCAAUGAAUCUGAGGAGUGCACGGAAGACACUGACCAGGCCGAGGGCACCGAGAGCGAGCCCAAAGGUGAAAGCUUUGAUUCCGGGGUCAGCUCCUCUAUUGGCACUGAACCUGACUCAGUGGAGCAACAGUUUGGGGCGGGAGCCACAAGGGACGGUCAGGCGGAACCCGCCCAACCUGAGCAGGCAGCAGAAGCUCCAACUGAGGGCAGUGUCCAGCCAAACCAGCUAGAAACAGGUGCCUCCUCUCCAGAGAGAAGCAACGAGGUGGAGAUGGACAGCACAGUGAUCACUGUCAGUAACAGCUCCGAUAAGGGCGUCCUGCAGCAGCCUUCAGUCAACACAUCCAUUGGGCAACCAUUGCCAAGUACCCAGCUCUAUUUACGCCAGACAGAAACGCUCACCAGCAACCUGAGGAUGCCUCUGACCUUGACCAGCAACACACAGGUCAUUGGCACAGCUGGCAACACCUACCUGCCAGCCCUCUUCACUACCCAGCCCGCGGGCAGUGGCCCCAAGCCUUUUCUCUUCAGCCUGCCACAGCCCCUGACAGGCCAGCAGACCCAGUUUGUGACAGUGUCCCAGCCCGGCCUGUCCACCUUUACUGCACAGCUGCCAGCGCCACAGCCCCUGGCUUCAUCUGCCGGCCACAGCACAGCCAGCGGGCAAGGUGAAAAAAAGCCUUAUGAGUGCACUCUCUGCAACAAGACGUUCACAGCCAAGCAGAACUACGUCAAGCACAUGUUCGUCCAUACAGGUGAGAAGCCCCAUCAGUGCAGCAUCUGUUGGCGCUCCUUCUCCUUGAAGGAUUACCUUAUCAAGCACAUGGUGACGCACACAGGAGUGAGAGCCUACCAAUGCAGUAUCUGCAACAAGCGCUUCACCCAGAAGAGCUCCCUCAAUGUGCACAUGCGCCUGCACCGCGGGGAGAAGUCCUACGAGUGCUACAUCUGCAAGAAGAAGUUCUCCCACAAGACCCUGCUGGAGCGACACGUGGCCCUGCACAGUGCCAGCAACGGGACCCCUCCGGCAGGCACGCCCCCAGGUGCCCGCGCAGGCCCACCAGGCGUGGUGGCCUGCACGGAGGGGACCACUUAUGUCUGCUCCGUCUGCCCAGCAAAGUUUGACCAAAUCGAGCAGUUCAACGACCACAUGAGGAUGCAUGUGUCUGACGGAUAAGUAGUACCUUUCUCUCUUUCUUAUGAACCAAACGAAACAACAACAAAAGAAACAAACAAACAAACAAAAAGCUAUGGCACUAGAAUUUAAGAAAUGUUUUGGUUUCAUUUUUACUUUCUGUUUUUGUUUUUGUUCCGUUUCAUUUUGUACUCCACGAAGAACUGUAUUUUGCCUGCUGGUACAUUACAUUUCCGGAGGCUCGGGCAAAUAAGACUUUUCCCAGUCUCCCUUGGAUGGUGGCCUUAAGGCCUGGUAGUGCUUCAAGAGCUCCACUGGUUGGAUCUCUAGCUACUGGCCUCUAAAUACAACCCUUCUUUACAAAAAAACAAAACAAAACAAAAAACAAAACAAAACAAAAACAAAAAAAGCAAAAAACCACACACAAAAAAAAUGCAAAACAAAAAAAUCUUUUAAAAAAGUUAAAAAAAAGUUUUUAAAAAAAAAAGACAAAGUUGUUUUUCCACUCGUGAAGAGCACUACAAAGUCUAUAAGGAGAUGUAAAGGCCUGCUGUCUGUAAGUACACCGCUCACAGUGUUUCAGUGGAAUUUCACAGUUCUGGCCACUUGGACUUCAUAGUAACCAGUUAAAACUGUAAUAUCGCUUCUGCUGAGAACCCAGAAAAGGCCCUGCUGUUUCCACCUACCACUUAUUAAAGGGCUGUGGGAUGGGAGGGGGGCAGUGAGCCCAGUGGUGUGGGGAAAAAGUGGCAUGGCAGGCUUCUCCCCCAAUUCUGCCCAGUCCACACACCCUGGCCCACCUCCGCCACAUCCCCCGCCCCUUUCAGCAGAAGCCAGAAGACUUGGACAAGCAACAGUGGCUAUCGUAUUUAUUCAGUGUCUUCGCUGAGCCUCAGCCUCAGCGCAAUCAGGAGGGACUUUCACGAAAGGCAGGAAUGCAGAGAAAAUGGUAACAGAUUCGCACCUAUGUUUCUAGGUACAAGAGAAGGAUUAUUUCCAACAACCUUUGCAAAAAAAAAAAAAAAGUGUCAGGAUAUAUUCUUGUGGAAGAGAAAAAGAAAGAGAGAUGGAGGGUGGGGGGAACAAUAAAAGUUCUUGAGGCUUUUUUAAUUCAAAAUUUUAUAGAGGGGCAAAAGUGAUGUUUACCAGAUAGAAUGCUGAUUUUUUUAAUAUAUUUACAACAGUAUUUGUGUAAAAAAAAAACAAAAAAGUGAGAUUGUUAAAAGUAAUUUUUUUUCUCAUUUUGGUUUUGCAUACACUGCCACCAAUCCCUUCUCAUUUACUUUGUCUCACACACACACAUAUAUAUAUAUAUAUUUUUUUGGUAAGUCAAGACUGUUAAGGUUAGCGAUACUGCUUCCAGAUAGAAAGAAUUAAAGGCAACUAAAGUUAUAUUUGAAAGAGAGGAAGGAUAUUUUCUUCAUAUUUUUUCUUAAGUUUUUUAUUAUUUUAAGUAUUGCCUGGGUUGCUGAGGGCCUCAGAGGCCCGCCCACCCCUGCUGUAAUUUCAACUGCUGCUGUGUUUUGCUGUGUAGAUCUUUGACUUCUGGCUUAAGUUGCUCCACUGAAUACCCUUCCAUUGACCCAUCUAGAAUCCUGCCCUUUCUCCUGGGAGGGACGUGAUCCUUUAGCAGAUUUCUUACUUCUCCAAAAUUUUCACUGAGCUCUUCGGAUACUAGAAUUUCUUUGCUUUUAUUUCUUUGAUGAAACACUAGUAGUCUAGAGAUCUUGACAGAGGGGGGUUGUUUCGUUUCUGGUCAGCCAGGAGCACUCCACAAAGUUCUCCCCUCCCACUGUGUGAACAUCACUAUGAGAAGCCUGUUACAGACCACAAUGCGUGGAUGCCAAAACUCUUUCUUCCUUUCAGAUGUCAUCCCUAGACUCUUUCCACCAUGGCUAAGAGGGCUAAAAGAUGAUCUCUCUAGCUGAUUAUUAACCCUUGCUUUUUGGAAAUUAACAAUUUCCCAAGCUAACAUCCAGUGAAAACUGGCCCUGAAUCUCUGGUGUCAUCCCAGAUACCACUCUUUCUAGUUGGGAUUUCUCUCUUUUGUCUUGAUCAAGAAAUCAUAAGAUUUUGCAAUUAUAUACAGUAUCUUGAAGGAAUUCCAGCUCAGAAAUAUAACUUUUAAACCUAGCUAAUACUCACAAAGUAGUUUCAUGACUGGGCAUGUUUUAGCAUACUUAAAAGGAAAAGUAAAUAUUUCAAUAAUGCAGAAACACCAAACUACAUUUUUAAAAAUAAGAAAAGAGGGUAUUUUUGUUUCUAAAUUAGUCUACAUUUUAAUUUAACUUUCCUCCUAAUUUUCCUGUUAGCAUUUUAUUUACCAAAAAAAAAAAAAAAUGCAGCAAACUAGGGAAAAUCUUCCAAGGCAAGCAACUCUAUACUGACUACAUUGGUUUUAUUCAUCCAUUCUAGACAAUUGGCUACAUUAGAUCUUUUCCGGAUGUUCUUUGUGAUGUUUCGUAGUUUGUACAACUGGAGUGUCUGUGCAGUCUGAGUCGUCUUAGGGUGCUUCAGUCAGUGGAUAUUUUGCUAGGAGUUGUAAUGGAGAUUUGGAUGGUUAGCUGACUACUGGGGAUCACUCAGCGUGAUUUCUAAGAGGACAACCAAGAACAUGUGUGGCCUGCUUUAAAAAUGAGCUUCAGAAAUGCAGAGGCCCUCUCCACCCCACCCACCUGCUGGUUUUGCUGUUGAAAGGGUCAGUAGUGACCCUUGCCACCUUACCACCAAUAGAGGGAGCAUUAAGUAACUACAUCAUAGAAUCAUUUUGAUAUUUUGAAAAUAACCCAUUAGAAAAAAAAAUGACGUUGUGAUAAUUUUUCUUAAUCUGGAGGAAAAACGACAUAAAAUCACUCAUUGUAUAAAACAAAUGAGAAAAGGUCAAACCUAGUUUUAGUUAUUUUCAUUGUUGUCAGGGGUACAUUUUAAAUAGUGUCUCUGUUCAGUGCUUAACAAAGCAGGCAGAAUUCAUAUUGUUUCUGGUAAAACUAUAUUGAGUGCCAUUGGGCUUCCCCAUCCUCUCCUUAAAUCUGAAAAGACCCAUUUGCCUUAAUGCUGUUUUGCCACCGUCAGAAGCUAAGAGACUGCGUUAAAAAUCCCAUGUUUGUUGUAGGGCAUGUAAGAAAAAGAACAGGCGACUGGAAGCCCUGAUACACAGCCUUUCCUUAAUAAGGGAAUAUCUCCUUUAAAGAGGGCGGGAAGACCCCUAAAGAAUUCUCGGUAAGGUCCUCCUCCCUAGGCUCAUUCCUACUGUAUUUUUUUUUCUCCCAAACAUCUCACAGCCUAAAAUAUUUGACCUUGUUCUCUAGAACUGGGAGGACACUAAACUGGCUCUCAAGCAAAGACACAUCUACAGGUCCAGUGCUACAUAUUCAGCCUCUAAAGGGUGGCCCUUCCCGCUAACCGACAGUUCAGGAGAUGAGCCUGUCUGCACCUCCUCCAGGAGAUGCAGGUGCCUGAUUGUCCAUGCGCCAUCCCUGACUUACAGCCACAAGUGGGGGGGGGGGGGGGGACUCAGUUAUUGGUUUCCAGUCCUGCAGUUUCUAUGAUGGAUGCUGUCAGUGCUUUUAAAACUAGAAAAGAAAGAAAGGUCUUUGUAGUAUUCAGGAAAACAUACAGAGAGAGAGGGAAGCAGAUGUUCCAGACUGGAGGCCUAAGGGGAAGUUUGAGGAACGAGAGCCGGUACGCAAAAGCACACUAGUAGAAUUUUUUAAACAGAAUUUGAUAAAGAGUCUGAGGAAUAUUUGUCUCAACACGUUUAUAUAGAAAUUAUGAAAAAUAAAAUUCCCUAGCAUUAAAAAUAUCAAUAGUGUCUCAGCAUGGUGGGUCGUGUUUCCUAUAUUAAAUACCAACAUUUGUACAAAAAAGAGCUCCUAACUCUAAAAUAUACCCCCCAAAAGACAAUAAUAAUGGAUGUUCAGUUCUACAAUUAAAAGCAAAGAAUUGAGAAAAACUCUCCCCUCUCCAGUAAUCUAAAAUGAAAAUCUAUAUCAAAGUAUUUUCAUUGUAAAUUUGCCCUCACAGUCAUUUUGCAGGCUUUCCCAUCCCAGUUCUGUUUGCCAGGAAUGAGGGUAGUAAGUAACCCUGACUACUGCCUCGUAUCCUGGCAUUCCUUCCUCCCCGUAUCUAGUAGAUCCCAGGGGCCUUGGCCUUAGAAAGACGUGGGUUUGCCUUCUUUCUCUAAUAAUCAGAGAGCUUUAUCUUACACCGUGAUAUCAUGUAAGAACCAAGAAAACCCUUUCCAGCCCAUGAACAGGGAUAGUUUGGUAUCUGAGGCUAAAGAGUGAAGGUUUCCUCUGGGCGAGCUGUUCCAUGCCAGUCUUCCUGUCCUGAUCUGUCUCCAUGUGCUUCCAUCUCACACAGUGGUGUGUGUCCUGCCCGUGCCCCAAAGCAGUGUUUUCUUUCUGCAAAGAAGUUAGAAGGGAAGCGCUGCCUCCUAAAACCUUUCAGGUCCCCAGGAAAACACAGUCCAGUUCCUUGUUGCUUUCCCAUUGCGGUCCUCUAAGAUAUCCCAACACCUUUGCCCUGAGCAAUGAUGGAAGUGAGAUGGCCUGGCCAGGAUGCAUGGCAGAUCUGCCCCUCCUGAGCCUUCCCCAGUGCUGCCGAUGGGGUCGUUUAAUUAGUUAGGGCUGGCCAUGGGGGGUAUAUGACCCCCCCCACAUCAGGUUGGCUCUGCUGUGGCCGGUGUGGCAGCUGCAGCGGAGUGAACACAAAGGUGUAGCCAGGAGCGGACAGGACGCGCCCUGUGGGGAGAGAACAGGGUGGGAGGGGCCUUUUCUGCUGUGACUUGACUCUUAAAGAAACCCUCCAAAAUGAAUUCUUUAAUUUAGUAAUGAGUUGAAGUCCAGGGUAAUGGAAGCUCUGGGGAAGAGAACAAAAGAAUUGCACAAUGUAUUCAGUACCCAACAAUACCAAACCAGAAAACAUCCAAUCACAAAGCUAGCAAGUUUGGCAAGAGGUACUUAGGGAAACCUCCAGCCUUUUCCAUGGGUAGGGUCCGCAGACUUUCUUUUGAGUGAUUUCUGGCUCGAAGAAACCUCUUUACUCACUAGAAAAGAACUUUUAUUUAAAUGACCAAUUU